AUGGCCACCAGACGUGUUCAUCUUGAGGAUGACCUUUCCUGUCCAAUUUGUGGACAUAUUCUUAGUCAGCCUGUGGUGCUCACGUGCAGGCAUAGAUUUUGUAAAUCCUGUCUGAAUGACAGCUGGGGGGUACAAGGCAGUGGGGAUUCACACUACUGUCCUCUGUGCUGGCGCCGUUCCUCCAUGGAUCAAAUAGUGGUAAACACCGUGCUGGAAAAGUCCUGUGAAUCUUUCAAGAAGGACAGGAGCAAGAACGACCCAGAGGCUUGUAAGGAGCAUGGAGAGAGGCUUACUCUGUUCUGUUUGGAGGAUUUGGAGCCAAUCUGUGGGGUGUGUGGGAAAGCAGCCACACACAAAGGACACAAGCUCUAUCCCAUUGGGGAAGGUGCCCUAGACUGUAAGGAGGAACUGAGGAGUGCGCUACUGCCUUUUAAAGAGAAGCUGCAGCUGUACAAGAAGGUGAAAAUGGCCUGUGAGGAAAUGGCAGAACAUGUCAAGAACCAGGCUGAGCACACUGAAACACAGAUCAAAGAAGAAUUUGAAGCCCUGCACCAUUUCCUGAAAGAGCAGGAGGCUGCCAGACUUUCUGUUUUAAAGGCUGAGGAGGAGCAGAAGAAUCUGAUGAUUAACCAGAGGAUUGAGGAGAUGAGCAAUGACAUGACAUCUAUCUCCAACAUCAUCAGAUUGGUGGAGAAGGAGAUGAACUCUCAAGAUGUCCCGUUUCUCAAGAACUACAAGGAAACGAUAAGGAGAACCUGGCAAACUUCCCCUGAUCCACAUGCCAUUUCUGAUGCUCUGAUUGAUGUGGCCAAACACUUGGGCUCUCUGAAACAUAAAGUGUGGGAGAAGAUGAAGGGUAUUAUUAAAUACAAUCCUGUGGUUCUAGACCCAAACACAGCAGCUAGCUGCUUCAUCAUCUCAGAGGAUCUCACAGUUGUGCAGAACAGCACACAGAUUUUCAAGCUGCCGGACAACCCGGAGCGCUUCGACAUCAGUGCUGAGUUGCUGGCUGCAGAGGGAUAUACUUCUGGACGCCACUGCUGGGAUGUGGAGGUGAAGCACAACACUUACUGGGUGGUGGGAGUGGCAAGUGAUUCCAUCAACAGGAAGGGGAAGCAUGUGCUGACACCAGCCGAGGGAUUCUGGUCUAUAAGGUUUCGCAACGGAGAGCAUAAGGCCUGCACUGCACCAUGGGAGCCACUGGACAUGACUAAAAAGCCUGAUGUCAUAAGAAUAGUUUUGGACAUGGACCGAGGCAAGGUGACCUUCUAUGACCCUGACGAGCGAAAACCUCUUUACACCUUCACAGGCGUCGUCACACCCAAAGCCUUUCCUUACUUCUGCACUGCCUGCAAAGAGCAUCCACUGAAAAUCCUUCCCACAAGGACCUUCUUGUCAACAGACAACUGAUUCAGAAUGUAGACAUGUUGUCUACAACGUAGAAUCCACUGAUAAUGAAGGGCUGCUCAUGCUUGCAAAGGUUAUAUCGUUUUUUUUUACGUUUUUUUUAAAGAGACUACUGAGGAAAAUCACAGCACUACAUUUCCAAGGAUUUUUUCUUUUUCUAUGAAGGACAUCACACACAGUGUGUUUUAAAAUAUUUAAUUUGAGUUACAACAAAAAAUUUAAUCUGGGGGAUCAGAAAUUGUGAAUAGCUUCACACCCUUUAACAUCUAUAUAUUACAACUCAGACAAUAUUUAAAUUUAUUACAGAAAAUGGCAGUCACUAUAUGUGACUCAGCUUUGCAUGAGACAAAAUCCCUACUUCCACAAUCGUUUGAGCUUCUCUCUAAAAAUAAAAAUGAAACACAGAUUUUUAGCUUUAUGUAAGGCACAUACAGUAACAGUUUUCAUGUUUCUGAACACCUGGGACACGGUUAGUCAGAGGCUCAGAUAUGACAAGUUAGAUUAGUUUUCAAUUGUAUAAAAAAAAGACUCUACGGUUAGUGUUUGACCUAGUAGCCACAUUUACUGCAUGUUCAAAUUGGGUCUUUUAGCCACAUCCAAAAAACUGCAGUAACUCCAUAGCUUCACACUAAAGUAUUGCUUCAACCUUUGUGGAUAUUCCUGCAGCGUAAGUCAUACAUGGGUUAUCCCCUGUAACAGUUUUACUUGAUACUGUCCCUUACUGUCCUUACCAACUUAUUGUAAUAUGUUUGCUGUUUCAAAUGGGUUGUGAGAAAAACCCACUUUAUGUGCGGUGAUGCUCAAAGGCUUUUUGAGGUGUUCGUAUAUCAGUUAAAAAAAGAAGUUAUUACAAAGAAUAAAUGUCUUCACAUUA